GAGCCAUUCUCUGUAAGCAUCAAAAUAUGAUGGAAACCAGUGGUCACAGAUUUUCAUAAAACUUUUUUAAAUGAAUGCUUAGUGAUGUAGAAACAUAUUGGUCAUAAUAAAAAAAUAUGGUAAUGUUCAUUGCCAUGGUAACUAUAAAAUUCAUUUUCCGAAAUUUACAGUAGAAACCUUUAAAGUCCAACUUAGUAUUUCUUCAAAAUGCACCGAUAAAAUCCCUUGAAAUUAACAGAAUACAAAGUUAUCACAUAAUAGUUUUUAUAUGCCAAAAAUCAGAUAUGUGUUAUUUCAAAUAAGAAAAAUAAUUCACCUUGGUCAUAUAGAAAUUUGCUAUCAGGAGUGCAAACUUCUACUAGAGUUAUUUCCCUUAGUACAACUCUUUUGUUGUUUAUGUUGAAAAUGAAAGCAGCUUCAGCAGCAGACACACGAAAUGGUUUGCAAUUUUAACACAAACUGCACUACAGAUGAGUGUUCUGAUGAUGUAACUGAUAUCAACACAUGUGAUUGCAAUGACAAAAAUAUAAUUUUAACUGAAUCUGGUCUUUUGCCAAAGAAUUUUACUGAUUUUUAUAUAUGCUCAACCCAUUUUAACCAAUUAUUGAAAAGAAACUCGGAUUUGAGAAGGAGAAAAGUAUGUCAGCUUCCUACUUUGAUAAGUGCUCAUCCUCCAGUAGCAUCACAUUCUGUUGUUGGUGUUAAAAAGCCAAAGCCUAGCCGCAAUAUCACCAUCAAUGACGUAGAGAAAAUUCAGAAGUGUUAUGGCCUCACACUUCCUAUUGGAACACCUGCAUGCACUAGCUGCCUUAUUAAAAUUUCCAAGCAGUCCACAGAGAUAGAAGCUGAAAGUCUGGAUCAAGGAAAGUGUGAAGAUGACCAGAUUCAGCAAUGCACAAACUUGAAUACAGAUGAUGAAACCUAUCUCAUGGAGACUGACGAGUUGGAUAUGUUAACAGAAAAAGAAAAUAUUUGUGAUAAUCUUAUUGAAAUUUCAGCAUCUGAAUAUACAGUUACAUCAGAAGAGUCAGGAAGUCAAAAUUAUUUAUCCCAGUCACAACAAUCAGUCAGAAGUUAUGAACGUGGCAGCUACUUGACAUCUUUGAAUGAUUUCCUGUCAUCAGUCAGAUUGCAGGAAUUCUCAGAAAAAGAAAGAAAAACAUGGCAGUCCUACACAUUUAAAACAAGAAACACCUACAAAGAAAGAAUUGAUGAGAUUAUGAAAUUGAUAAUAGGAAUUUUAUUUCCAAACGAUGUUGAUGAAGUAAUUGAAGAUAUAAAAUGUCCCAAGCAGUUAAAUGAAGAAAACAGAACCGAUCAUACAGAGUACAAAGAUAUUGUCACUUCAUACAGAAAAGCAGAAUCCUGGCAACAAGGGAGACAAGUUCUUUCAGUUCUUGCCUCAAGAAUGUCCUUCAAGGACUUACUGUCUCUACUACCAGAAGUAACAUCCCAUCGCUACUAUGCUGCUCUCAGUCAUUCAAAGAAAAUAGGGCCAGCACUUCCAAUUCCCGAGAAAAAACUGCAUCGACAAAAAUUAGAUCCUGAAAGAUUAGACUCAUUCUUAGAUUUCAUUACAUCCAGUCAUGUUGUCCGUGAUCUACCGUUUGGGGAAAAAAAACUGAAGUUUUCAGAUGGAACAGUCCACAAUUUACCUAAUGUUGUACGUUGCAUGGGUUCAGCAGACAUAAUACAGCAGUACAAAGCAUACUGUCAGGAAAAUGAAGUUUUACUUUUAGGUGACAGUACGAUGUUCAAAAUACUUGCCCAGUGUGGUGCUAAAGUCAGAAAAAGCCUUGAAGGACUGGAUUAUUUUGUAGCAGAAGGAGGACGUGCCUUUAUUACCCUUCAAGAUGUCUUAGACAAAUUGCUGACCUACGACGCUAUAUCACCUGAUGACCACAAAAGUUUUCAGGCACUGUUCUUACAAUCAAAGCAGUAUUUAAGGACUGACUAUAAGAUUCAUAUUUCAAAGGGAAGAGAAGUAGCAGAUCACUGUAUGUUGUAUGCCCUCAGUGAUGAAAAAGAUGAGGCAUUUAUAGAACAAUGUUCCCACAAUCACCAGAUGGUCUGUGAAAGCUGUGAGCAGUUGAAGGAGACCAUUGCUGCUUUAGAAAAGAUCUUUGUUACUUCCUCAGUAGAUGGAAAAGAGGAUGAGAUGAAUGACCUUAAUUUUAGGGUACAACAAGCAACAAGAAAUAUUUUCAGCCUGAAAAAGCACAUAAUAAGAUGUAAAAACCAGGACUUAGCAAAAACUCAUCUAUUUGAAACUAUGCCUACAGAUGAAGUUUUACUGGUAUGUGACUGGGCAAUGAAGUUUUUGCCCCGAAAGUUUCGUGAAGAUCAGUGUGAUUGGUUCGGAAAGAGAGGAAUCCCAUGGCAUAUAUCUAUAGCCUUUUGUAGGAAAGAUGAUGGAAGCAUUGGUAGCCUUGGAUUUGUUCAUUUGUUUGCAACGCAAAUAUCCCAGGACAGCCGAGUAACAGCCAGUAUUAUCCAAGAUGUUAUGGACAAAAUUAGAGAAAUCAACACCACUGACAUCAAAUUUCAUGUAUGGUCUGACAAUGCUGGUUGCUACAAGUCUACAGAGAUGCUUUCAUUCUUAUUCCAUUCAGGGCUUAUCCUGUCAUAUGACUUCUGCGAAUCCCAGAAUGGGAAGGGACCAUGUGAUCGCACUGCCGCAACCAUCAAAUCUUCUAUUAGAAGAUAUGUAAACCAGGGUCAUGAUGUACUUACAGCACAAUCAAUGAAAAAGGCAAUAGACAAGUCAGCCAAAAAUGUAAAGUACAUAGUUCGUGUUAUAGAAGGAACUGAGUGUAGGAAAACCAAGUACACUCCUAUACCAGCAAUAUCAUCUUACAGUAACUUCACAUUUAGCGCACAUGGCAUUACUGCAUGGAAGGCAUACCAAGUUGGCACAGGAAAGCUAAUACCUUCAUCUAAUAUUCCAACCGUUGAAAAGUGUAUUCUCAAUACUUCAUGUUCAGAGAUAGAGGGUGAAAUUGAUGUGGUUUUUCACCGACUGCCACUUAAAGCUGAAGAGGAAGAAAACACCAUAACAUGUGCAAAUGAGGGAUGCACACUGUCUUUUUCUUCUUUUCAUGAGCUGUCAAGCCACUUAAUGUUCGGCAAGUGUGAGUUUGAAUUUAGGUGCCAGUUUAGUAAUGGAUGUGACAUUACUAAGAAGACUUACAUUACAAAGAUGUCUAAGUCUUUUUCAACCAACUUUCAAGUUUCAUCAGCAGGACUGACAGUUGGAAUUGAUGACAACUCAGAUUUAGAACUUGGCUGGGCAUUGAAAGAAGAAAGGAAGAACAAACGAUUCAAUGUAAACCAAAAAGAAUAUCUUACUGAAAAGUUUAAUAAAGGUCUAAAAACUGGAAGAAAAGAAGAUCCUUUUUUGGUAUCACAGGAAAUGCUGACUGAGAGAAAAGAAGAUGGAAAUAGAAGAUUUUCAUAUGAUGAAAUCCUUUCUGUACAGCAAAUCACAAGUUUCUUUUCUAGAAUGAGUAGGAAGAACAAAUCAUUUGAUGAUUCUGUUGAUGCAUCAAGGGAAGAAACUAUAACAACUAUCAGGAGAGAACUAACUGCAGAUGAACUUAACUAAAUUUUGUUUACCAAAUUUAUGUAGAAAA